GCACACGUCAAAUCCGCCGCUGUAGCCCCGUGUUAUUUACACGGUGGAAGGGGUUACGUAAAGCGUCCUGGCAGGUCGGCUCCUUUCUUGCAGUGUGGAUUCCCCACGUUCGCGAAGGGUCUGGAGCAAGGCCUGAAAGAAAAAUACGGCAUAGCACUACUAUUGCACCUUCUUGUUUUUCCCUCGGAAGGUUCUCAACAGCCGCCAUGGCAUCAGGAGAUCACGUACCGGAGUGGGGCUGCUCGCCGUGCCGCGUGAAGGGCGUGACGGACCUGGCCGCGGCUGACGCCGACGCCAUCGUCCUCGUCACCGACUCCGUGGAGAAGUUGCCCGGCCACCUGGCGGCGCUGCAGGCGCCGCUGACGGCGCUGCGCGCGGUGAACGCCGCGCUCGACGCAGAGGGUGCUGUGGUGCCGGUCGAGCUCCCGGCGAAGCGGCUGGUGUUCGCGCCGACGGGCCCGCUUAACCGCGACUACGACGAUGUGCGCCGUUUCGCCGAGGCCGCCGAGAAGGGCAUCAAGAGAGCGAUAGCGGCCGGCAGCCGGGCGCCCCUGCUGGUGACUGUGCCAUACCCCAAGUACCAGUACUCGACGCUCAACUCGCUGCUGGGAGCGCUGCACGCCCUCUAUGUGCCUAUCGAGGUGCGUGAGCACGCCGUGAAGACGUCGGACACCAAGCGACUGACCAAGGUGGACCGGCUGCUCGUGUUCGGCGAGCAGCGCGCGGCGCUCGAACGGGUCAUCCAGUCGGCGCUGGGCCUGGAGAGCGGACGGUUCGUGGCGCGUGACAUCGGCGGCAGUGACCCGGAGCGGAUGGCGGCGCCGCGUGUGGCCGAGUACAUGCAGCACGUGCUCAAGGGCAGCCAGGUCAAGAUUGAGGUGGAGCAGGAGGACGACAGCGACACGCCGUUUAAGGCCAAGUAUCCGCUGCUGGCCGCCGUCAACCGGGCGGCCGCAGUGGUCCCACGCCACCGUGCUCGCGUCAUCCACCUGACGUACGAGGGUCAGGGUCCCAUCACCCACACCUACAUGCUGGUCGGCAAGGGCAUCACCUACGACACAGGCGGUCUGGACAUCAAGGCGGGUGGCGUUAUGGCCGGUAUGCACAGGGACAAGUGCGGAGCGGCAGCGGUCGGAGGCUUCUUCAAGACGCUGGCCGAGCUGCGUCCGGCCGGCAUCAAGGUCAUCGGAGUCAUGUGCAUGGUGCGCAACUCGGUGGGCGCGGACGGCUACGUCGCGGAUGAGAUCAUCACGUCACGGGCGGGCGUGCGCAUCAGGGUCGGAAACACGGACGCCGAGGGCCGCAUGGUCAUGGCCGACCUGCUCUGCCUGAUGAAGGAGCGGGCGGCGGGCGAGGUAAACCCCUACCUGAUGACGGUGGCCACGCUCACCGGGCACGCGGUACUGGCCUGCGGCGACGGCUACUGCUCCGUGCUGGACAACGGGCCGGCCCGGCUGGCCCACUGCGCGAACCGCUUCGCCGAGGCCGGCGACCAGCUCGGCGACCCUUUCGAGAUCAACACUAUCCGCCGCGAGGACUACUGCUUCCACGGCGGCAAAUCCGAGUACGAGGAUGUGCUGCAGUGUAACAACGCUCCGUCUUCGCGCACCCCACGCGGUCACCAGGGCCCGGCUGCCUUCCUCGUGCUGGCCUCGGGACUGGACAAGCACGGAAUCGACUCGGACAAGCCGCUCCGCUACUCGCACCUGGACAUCGCCGCCGGCUCGGGCCCGUUCCCCGGCGUGCCCACCGGCUCGCCGAUCCUGGCCAUGGCCGCCAACUUCUUCGGUAACCAGCUGUGAGCCGUCGGCGCGGCCGCCGAACGCCCGCGUGACGUCACGUGUCGGCGGUCAGCUGACGGCCGCCCGGGCGUGAGCCUGCGCAGUGACCUGCUACGCUGUUGCCAUUUGGGGAAAUGAUUAAAUAAAGGUUUAAACGCUG